UGCUGGGACGGUCGACCCAUGCUUAAGCAGGGAGCUCGCGUCGCUGCCAGUGCCGCCAGGCGCGCGGGUGUCCGAGCUUCAGGUGGCGCUCGCGAAGGCCGCCGGCGUGCCGCCCCACCGGCAGCGGCUGCUGCACGGGGGCGAUAGCGCGUUGCGCCCGGACGCCCUGGCCGCGGAGGCCGGCCUGGAGGGCCACGGGGCGGCGGUGACGCUGGUGGUGCUGCCAGAGGACAUGCUGAUCUCCGCCUCGGCCGACCACACCGCCAGGCUCUGGAGCGCGUCCACGGGACAGUGCCUCGGCGCGCUCCGCGGGCACCGCGGCUGGGUCUUCGGCGCGGAGCUCUCGCCCGCCGGCGACCGCGCGCUCACGGCGUCCCAGGACUGCACCGCUCGCCUCUGGAGCACGUCCGACGGCGGCUGCCUGCACGUCCUCUCGGGCCACUCCCACGAGGUGAGGACGGCCGUGUUCUCCGCGGACGGCUCGCGGGUGGCCACGGGGUCCGUGGACAAGACGGCCAAGCUGUGGUGCGCCGCGGGCGGGGCAUGCCUGCACACCUUCCGGGGCCACGAGCACUUCGUCCACGGCGCCCGCUUCUCCCCCGCGGGCGCCCGGCUGCUCACCGUCUCGGAGGACCGGACCGCCAAGCUGUGGGACGUCGUCGAGGGCCGGUGCCUCCUCACGCUGCGCGGCCACACGGAGGCAGUCAGCGGCGGCGCCUUCUCGGCGGAUGGCGCCAUGGUCGUCACGGCGUCGCGGGAUCGCACGGCCGGGGUGUGGAGCGCCGAGAGCGGCGUGUGCCUGCACUGGCUCCAGGGCCACACGGGCUUCGUGCGCUCGGCGGAGUUCUGCGCCCGCGGGACGCACGUGCUCACCACCUCGUCCGAUGGCUCGGCCAGGCUGUGGAGGUCAGCGGACGGCUGGGGCCUCGGGAGCGUCAGCGGAGGCGAGGUCGUCAGCUCCGCCUCCUUCUCGCCAGGGGGCGACUCUGUGGCCACCGUCACCGUCGAUGGGGGCGCGAGGCUGUGGAGCGUGAGCAACCCAGGCGAGAGGAUCCAGACCUUCGGCGCCAGCACGCGGGUGCUCGUUCGGGCCCCCAUGCGGGUGAGACACGCCGCGCCACUGCCCAGCGUCUUCUCGCCGGACGGCGCCCUGCUGCUCACCGGAAACCGCUCCGAGGUCCGAUUGUGGAGCGUGGCCACUGGGGCCCUGCUGCACACGUUGCCCUGGCACAGCGCGGAGGUGCUGGCGCUGGCGUUCGCGCCAGGCUUUCGCGCCUCCGCCGAGGUGGAGAUGCAGGCCCGGUCGGCGGCCGAGCGCGGACAGGCGGAGGGCGUCGACUAG